AUAGAACUAACAAAGCACUUUGCCAUUUCAGGUGUGAGAUUUGCAAGCCCCAUUUGCCGUUUGGAUAGAACACAAUCCCGGUGAUACUCCAUCCAAUAUCAUGCCCGACCAUUUUCGCCAAGAGCGAACCGACAAGAUGGGACCGAGUUCUCCGGCCGGUUCCGACAGUCCCCUCUCAUUGGUGCUACCCCAUAAGACAAAAAAUCUACCUAGUCCUCACUCAAGACCCCAAGUUCACGGGAAGAUGAUACGGGGACCCCCUCAACAGUCCCAUGCCCAACAUCCUAGUCCGCACCAUAGCUCGUCAGGUUAUUCCGAGCCCAGAAGCUCUCCGGAUCGUAGUCCUUAUCACCAUCAUCAAGUUGGGUCACAUUCGUCACCUGUGUAUUGCCCCGUUCCUGUUGCUCACAAUGGGAGAUCUAUGGCCCAACUUGUGUGUGAUGAGUCGGAUGAAGCUCCCUUGUCCCUAGUCGUGGAAAAGAACAAAUUUGUGUCAGAUGAUAGUGGACAUGAAGAUGGAUCUUCCGGGCAGAACUCUCCCUAUCGCGGAGGAUCUCCUCAUCAAUUGCCCGAGGAUUAUUCUGUGGCCAUCCCCCGCAAAAUCUCGAACGAGCAAGAGACCCAGCGGGAAAUGAUCGAACCCAAUGUUACCAUAGCCAAAGUGUCGGAUGACACUGCAAUAGAUUUGUCAGAACAACAUCACUAUGAACAUCAUCAACAACAGCAUCAGAAUCAGCCUUUACACCCGCAACAACAACAACAACAAGAAAAUGAGGAUUGCAUCUCGGUGUCUGAGGCUUCGACUUGCAUUAAAAUCAAGGACUUCGCCAAGAUGACUGGGUCUGAGACUUCGGCUGAUCGAGCCGUUAGAAGCCAAAGUGUUGACCACGAAUUACGCCCCAUAGGAUCAUUGAGGAAACCCUCGGUGUCUUGCCGAAGCCACGGAUUUGCACCCCAAGAGGACAUGUCAGACCUAACCUCCGAGGUGUCCUCCAUUGAUACAUGGACGAGCUCGAUGUUAGACCAAAAUGGCCAUCCCCAGCCAAGCUACAGGCAGAUCAAGACUGCCAAUGGCGAGAUCAUCUUCCCUUGCGACUUUUGUGACAAGGCCUUCGUCAAUCGAUAUCAUCUCCAGUCCCACAUCGUCACCCAUACUGGGGAGCGCAACUUCGAGUGUCACAAAUGUGGCAAGUCAUUCGGCCGAAAGUCCACACUCCGGGCUCAUAUGACCACUCAUACCAAAACGUCCAACUUCAUGUGCCCCAUGUGUGAGAAGGCGUGCAACGACAACAACUCUCUGGAGGAGCAUAUCCGUAUGCACACGGGCGAAAAGCCAUUCGUUUGUUCCAUUUGUUCCAAAGCUUACGCUCGCAAGUCUCAUUUGAAUGUGCACUACAGAGUUCACACCGGAGAGCGCCCAUUUGUUUGCACCGAGUGUGGCAAGGAUUUCACGGAGAAGAGAUUCCUCAAUGAUCAUAUGCAAACUGCUCACAGCGGGCAGAAUGGGCCACUGAAAUGCCCGAAUUGUUUCCGAGAGUUUGCUUACAAAACGAGUUUGAAGCAACAUCUUAAAAAGCAAAUGUGUGUCAAGAAUAUGAAUCGAGGUCAAGGUGGCUCCUCCAACGGCGCUCACGCCAAGCAGUUCCAAUGUCCCUUCUGCGAGAAGAGCUACAGCUGGAAGCAAACUCUUAAACAGCAUGUCUCGAUGUAUCACCGCAACAAAGUACACACGGAUGAAUUCUGGAAGUACGAGCUUGCCAAGCAUCGCCGGGUCGGGGUUGACCUCAAGACCAAUGAAGAUAUGUGGCAAAAGCAGUUGGGAAAGCACGCCGAAGAUGGCACACCCCUGAAAGGCCCAGCUUCCCAAAGAUCUCCGUCCAUGGAUGAAUCCAAUCAUGAAGAGCGUUGGCUAGAUCAGAUUCAUGCUCGCACAAACAGCACGGACCAAGCCAAAGUGGCAGCAGAAAUGAAGGCCUUGGCUGUGCAGUCCAUGAACACUUUAACCUUAAUAAAGAUGCGAUCAUCGACCUCGGUGGAUCAGGCUCAACCCACAAUUCAGGUGCCUGUUAGCAUGGCGGCCCCCAUUACCAAGCCGAAGAUCAAAGUGGAACCAGAGGUUGCCCUCAAAAUGCAUCAGGAGAGCAGAGCCCCCCACCAGGCCCAAAAGAGUUACAUGGAUCUCUUGGCUCAAAUUAGAGCUUCCAACGAGAAUAGCGAUAAGACCAGUUCCUCGCAAUACACCCCUCCUUCAAGUGCAACCAGUCUAGUCAAAGAGACAGCGCCAGCUUUGACCGAAAUCACUCGCGAUUCCCUCCCAGCUUUGCCUGAUAUCAAAGAAGAGCCAGCUGCCAAGCGAACUCAAAUGUGGUUAGCCCAACUCGGCAAUUACAAGGAAAAGUCAGUCCAAGAUGAUUUGGACCGUAACCACGAUGAGCUGUGGGAAGAGCAGAUCGCGCGAGUCAGGAAGAGCGCCAUCAAACUUCCGGCACCAGAGAAAGCAGUAGAAAUCGUAUUGGAUGACGAUGCUAGCAGCACGGACUCGCAUCCCAUUCGAGGUCCAUUUGCACUUUUCCCACAAACCUAUCGAUACUCACCAGCCAGUCACGUCCAAAUUCAAGCAGAUGUCAACCUCCAGCCUACGCAGCUUGAAGUCCAAGCACCAAAAGUACCUCACCAACGCCCGCGCAUUGUCCCACUCAUGUCCGCAUUAGAGCUCCACCCAUCUCCCAUCACCACUCAAUCGGGCGGCAUCCGAGCCAAAGGGUUCCCUUCAGCUACCAUCACCAGCGAGUCCAAGACCAGUAGAUCGAUGUUGAUGCCAAAGCCCAACUAUCCAAGCCUCCUGAAGGAUGACAAGACGGGAUUAGAACAGGAGGAGAAAGACGAGGAAGAGCGGGCGCACCAAGAGCGACUAGAGGCCGACAAAAGGCUCACUCUUCCUUUGGAGCACAACAUACCCGAUGUGUUGCCCCCAACUCCACCUAGUAAGGACCAUCGUGAAGACCAUCAGGGUGCCGCCAAUCACCCAAGCGAGCCAUUGGAAGAACCGUCAUCCUUUCUGAAGCUUAUUCUUCUCGAUCCAUCAGCCCGGAAACGGUUAAACUCCAACGAUUAUGGCGUGGUCCCUCCCAAGAAGAAAUCGGUUGUCGAAGGCGACGAGUCCAAUGACAUUCUUCGACGGCGCCUGCUAGGUAUGAGGGAACCACAAAGCCCACCCACUCUCCCGGCCCAAGGGGCCGAAUCCAAAAACACAAAUCACACCCACUCCAUAGGAUCUCAAUCCCAAAUGCCCCCGGCCUCCCCACCUGCCACCACUUUGGCCAACGAACACCCAACAGGGAGGCCAGUGGGAGUGCCCGCACCCAAUCUGCAUCUGCUUUGCCCCCAAAUGCCAACUGUACCUUUGUCCAACCGAGCCAUCUCAAAAAUCCAAACCAGCAAGAUCCAGUUGCAAAUCGAGGUCAACGCCGCCAACAACAACACCAACACCAACAAUACCACCACUACCCCCAAGAACAAUUGCACUCCUGUUGGUGAGCCCUUCAAACCGAAGGGUCAGAAUGACGAGGCUCAAGAAGGUUUUGGUCUGAGGCGCUCUGAUGGCAUGACUCCCUACGCCCACACCUCGGUCCUGAAACAUCUACUUCAUCGUUACACUGAGAGCGGUCACCCCGAGGAAGAGCAUCGUGAAAAGAACAAAUUUGUGUCAGAUGAUAGUGGACAUGAAGAUGGAUCUUCCGGGCAGAACUCUCCCUAUCGCGGGAGGAUCUCCUCAUCAAUUGCCCGAGGAUUAUUCUGUGGCCAUCCCCCGCAAAAUCUCGAACGAGCAAGAGACCCAGCGGAAAUGAUCGAACCCAAUGUUACCAUAGCCAAAGUGUCGGAUGACACUGAAAAGAUUUGUCAGAACAACAUCACUAUGAACAUCAUCAACAACAGCAUCAGAAUCAGCCUUUACACCCCGCAAACACAACAACAACAAGAAAAUGAGGAUUGCAUCUCGGUAUCAAGGACUGCCAAUGGCGAGAUCAUCUUCCCUUGCGACUUUUGUGACAAGGCCUUCGUCAAUCGAUAUCAUCUCCAGUCCCACAUCGUCACCCAUACUGGGGAGCGCACUUUCGAGUGUCACAAAUGUGGCAAGUCAUUCGGCCGAAUCACACUCCGGGCUCAUAUGACCACUCAUACCAAAACGCUCCAACUUCAUGUGCCCAUGUGUGAGAAGGCGUGCCAACGACAACAACUCUCUGGAGAACAUAUCCGUAUGCACACGGGCGAAAAGCCAUUCGUUUGUUCCAUUUGUUCCAAAGCUUACGCUCGCAAGUCUCAUUUGAAUGUGCACUACAGAGUUCACACCGGAGAGCGCCCAUUUGUUUGCACCGAGUGUGGCAAGGAUUUCACGGAGAAGAGAUUCCUCAAUGAUCAUAUGCAAACUGCUCACAGCGGGCAGAAUGGGCCACUGAAAUGCCCGAAUUGUUUCCGAGAGUUUGCUUACAAAACGAGUUUGAAGCAACAUCUUAAAAAGCAAAUGUGUGUCAAGAAUAUGAAUCGAGGUCAAGGUGGCUCCUACGGCGCUCACGCCAAGCAGUUCCAAUGUCCCUUCUGCGAGAAGAGCUACAGCUGGAAGCAAACUCUUAAAAAGCAUGUCUCGAUGUAUCACCGCAACAAAGUACACACGGAUGAAUUCUGGAAGUACGAGCUUGCCAAGCAUCGCCGGGUCGGGGUUGACCUCAAGACCAAUGAAGAUAUGUGGCAAAAAGCAGUUGGAAAGCACGCCGAAGAUUGGCACACCCCUGAAAGCGCCAGCUUCCCAAAGAUCUCCGUCCAUGGAUGA